AUGGACCUGACGGAAGCUGGUCUUCCGGAAAACAAAACACAAAACGUCGAUGAUUUUAUCAACUUGCGCGACGGCGUCGAUAAUUCUAGUCAAGCGAAUAGAGAACACGUGGAUGAUCCUCCGGGAAAUUCGUCGAUGACGGAAAAUCCCGUGCCGUUGACGGAGACGACGAUAGAUGGGAAUUUAAAUUCGACGGGAAUCGGAGAAUUCGAAGAUAGAAUGGAAACGGUGUCCGACGAAGAAGAAUUACUACAGGGACCGGAAGACGAAGAUGGAUUUUCCGGAAGGACUUUGGACUCGAAUUUUCAAUAUCCGAUAAAAAAAUUCAACAAGUAUUCGACGUCCAAGUAUGGAAAAGUCAAAAUCAAGUCGAAACCUUACGAGAACAACAGUAAUGGAGAACUCCCUGGAGAAAAAAAAUACGAAGCUUUGAAAGUUGUCGAAGAAAAAGUAAACAUAAACAUAUCGAUUGCGGAUAAUGCAGAUGGAGGAGGGGGAGGAGAAGGAGGAAUCGCCGUUUCGGAAUCGACAGAAUCGCCAAAUGCGUCGUCAUCGGCGGUGGCAACGCCGACGUCGGCGUCGUCGUCAUCAACAUACGAAAAUUUUAUUCAUGUCGAUGUAAACAACGAAACGGGGAUUUUGGGUCACGCAAACGUCACCAACUCUGAAGACUCUGGAACGAAAAACGAAAAUUUUACGGUUGCGACGUCAUCGUCGUCAUCGUCAUCGCCGUCGUCGACGGUCGGUUUUUUUAACUUUACGGAUUUUUUAAACGUGGAAGACAAUGAAAAAGACGACGUGGAAGAAUUCAAAAACGAGAGUCUCGUCAUCGAGAACAAGGUAGAGGAAAGCGUGAUUCAAAGGUCGGCCGUCGUCGAACCUUUUCUGCUUAAGAACAGAGUGGCGGCGGCGACGUCGUCAAAAAAUUUCGAAUUCGAUGACGAAACCGGUUUGAACGCAGGUUCGGUCACCGGUAUAACUUUGGGGAUUUUGGUCAUUUUUGCACUUUUCGGUACGUUACCCCUUUUGGUGCAUUGGGUGUGUCCUCCUGGAGCCAUUUCUUUUGUUUUCUACCGGAGAAGGUACCUGAACAAACCUCAAGUCCUUCACGAUAAAUGUAGCAAUUUAGAUUCGAGCGGAUACAUCGAUGACACGUCCCUAAGGGAAAAUUCAGAAGAAAUGUACAGUUUGGACAACGAUUCGUUUCUCAAUAGUUUGGAAGCGAUGACGAUACAAAAUUACUGGACGGAAAGUGUCAAACACACGAAAUUGUAA